CUCACACGGAGUGUUACCCUCCCGCGCAGGCGCAGACAGRCAAGCGAGCCAACAUGCCGGUGGCCCGGAGCUGGGUCUGUCGCAAAACGUAUGUGACCCCGCGGAGGCCCUUUGAGAAAUCCCGCCUCGACCAAGAACUGAAGCUGAUCGGCGAGUAUGGUCUCCGGAACAAACGUGAGGUCUGGAGGGUCAAAUUUACUCUGGCCAAAAUUCGCAAGGCUGCCCGGGAGCUGCUGACGCUGGACGAAAAAGACCCCCGACGUCUGUUUGAAGGCAAUGCCCUGCUGCGACGACUUGUCCGCAUUGGKGUGCUGGAUGAGGGCAAGAUGAAGCUGGAUUACAUAUUGGGCCUGAAGAUUGAGGAUUUCUUGGAGAGGCGCCUGCAGACCCAGGUCUUUAAGCUGGGCCUSGCCAAGUCCAUCCACCACGCACGUGUGCUCAUUCGCCAGCGCCACAUCAGGGUCCGCAAGCAGGUGGUGAACAUCCCGUCCUUCAUUGUCCGCCUGGACUCCCAGAAGCACAUCGACUUCUCCCUGCGGUCUCCAUAUGGGGGUGGCCGCCCAGGCCGCGUGAAGAGGAAGAAUGCCAAGAAGGGCCAGGGUGGGGCCGGGGCUGGUGAUGAUGAGGAGGAGGAUUAGGCCCUCCYCCUGGGCUGGAGGAUUGUUUUCCAGGCAGGUAAUAAAGCAGGUUCAACACUUUGGA